AUGGCUGCUAACCUAACGACUGUCAACGGCGAUCCACUCCCACCGGGUACUUACUACUUCUCUCGCAUCAGCGACACAGAUCAUGCUGGUUAUGUUUGGAUUGUCGCAUUGCUCUCUCUGAUAUAUCCAUUUGGCACGUUGCUGGUGCGGCUGAAAGUCAGAUGGGGUCUGUAUGGUGCCGACGAUUGGGCUUUGGUAGCAGCGACAUUCGCCGCUGUAUGCCAACACAUUCCUAUCUUCGUUGGCUUGGGGGCUGGGUUUGGUCAAUCGAGCAAUGUCCUACAACAGAACCAGUUGCCUGGAAUUGACAAGGCAAUGUACACUGCCGAAGUGAUGUUCAUCCUUGCGUACACGUUGUCGAAAGUGUCCCUCGCCUUGUUUGUCAGACGCCUCUUUACCCAUAACAGAUUACUCAACACCAUACUGUGCUGGUCACUAUUAGGUGUAACCAUUAUCUGGGGCGUUGUCGCGCUUUUCGUUCUUCUGAUUAAGUGUUCGCCCUACCACUUCUUCUCGAAGGCAGCCAGGUGUCCAUCUUACAUCACUCGGUGGAGGGUUGUGACAGUUUUCGAUAUCCUCACAGAGGCGGCACUCAUGAUCGUACCUUCAUAUUUGGUGUCUGGUGUCAUGCUUGGUUCGCGCCCGAAGAUGCUUGUCAUGACGGCAUUCGCGUUCAGACUUGCGGUUGUUGGGUUCUCUAUCGCUCAUCUGCGACGAUUAUCAUUGACCGUGGGAGCCAAAGACAAGGGCUUCGCCUUCAUACCUCCGGCUAUCUGGAUCCAGAUAUGGUUGGCAUGGUCCUUGGUCUCCGCAUCGAUACCAUCGUUCCGGUCAUUCAUGAGCCCUUUCGACAACAUCACUGUUGCGAAGACAGACGAUUCGCACAGCGCGUCGCGCUCAGAGGCGAAUGGAGCGUAUCUCAUGAUGGGACCAAUCAAAUCCAGUCACCGAAACAACGUCGCAUCGGCACGGUCAGCAUCUCAAGGAAUAAGCUUGAGCUCAAAGCUAGGCACGAGGACGUCAGUACAUCACGAAUCCCGAGAUCGAGCAACGGACGAGAAUCAGUCCAUCAGCUCUCAGACAGGCAUCAUCCGCAAGGAAGUCGAAUGGGAAAUCAGACACGACCACGAGCCGCUGUGA